GGUUUUUUUUUUGGAACGAGAGACGCGACAAGUCUCCCAUGUAACUCUCGUUUAUAAUUUUUCAAUUGUUAUAGAGUUUUGGGACAGUUCUCUUGCGAUGGGAGAAAAGGAUAGCGCCCAAAUAAUCGGAAUUCCCGAUGCUCUCUGUAGUAAAGCAGGCAUUGCAGCAACUUGGCGAACGGGAAAUCAAUUGGGGGUCUUUCCACAUAAACAAACUAAUGCACACACUAAUGACAGAAAGAGUGAUUUCUACCCCUGCGAGGCUCGAAUCCACCUUCUCCGCCAAGAAGUCAUUCUCUUCCACCCGACACUCAGAAAAUUAGUGAAUGAAAGCAACGGAGUAUUCGUAUCGAUAAGAAACAUCGAGAGGACUAAGGCGAACGAAGCUAGACCGGAAUUAGUGAAAUACAGCAAGCAGUACAGAUCGAUUCUUCGAGCAUGUGUCGAGAGUCUUCAGGAGACUGCUGCCAAGGCAAUGGCAGACAAGAAGAAACUUCUGGAAAAUUUUCUCACUAUUUUCUACAACGUCGAGUGUGUGUGGCACCUGACGGAGAUAUUAUACAUCGAUACAAUUCCAGGGGACGUCGUUCUCCCCCAGCUGAUGGAAUGGGUGCGUUUUCACUUUCCCUCUCGGGAAUUAACCGCCACCAGGAUCCUCUCGAAAAAAACAAUCGGCGCCGAGUUAGAGUGCCAAAACUACUGGGAAUCAGUAUUCGCCUGUGCCCUGCAUGGAAAACUAGACGUAGUGCGUGCCCUCCUCCUGUACCACAGUAGCGCCGACAAUCGAGGCUUCGUAGCAGCCGAGAACAUUCUCCGAACAAUACCCAUAUACAACGUCUACGGUGGUUACUCAAUAAACGAAUUCACAAUGCGCUGGAAGUACUGGCAGCUCGAUCUCACCUCAAACAUCGAGUGCAAGACAUUUUCAGUGGACGACAAUUUGGAUAAACUGAUGAGACUGGUUGUUGGUGAUGAGAGUGUCCUCUGGGAGUUGAGUAAAUACACUGACGCCUGGUACGAACUGCUAGCUGCUAAGUUAUUCUACUCGUCACCGUGCUGCAAGCAGCCAGAACUGGCGAGACAUGCCAACAAUAUUGCUGAGAAAUGGCAGGCGAGGAGAAAUCUUGAUAACAUUAUUCUCGCUCUAAUGGAGAGUGAUCUGCACCAGGUGAUCAAGCAGAUUCAGUACAUGAAUGAUAACGGAUGGUUUGCAGCACAUCUCACUGAUCUAUUGUACAACAGUGAGAAGCUCAAUAUCAUGGACAAAGAUCAGUCCAACGUCACUGACAAACUCCACGAAUCCCUGAUACUGGAUUACGGUAGCACAUUGAUGGAAAAUUCAUCCUUGUGGCAGUGUGGGGCCAGUUAUCUGGAGCACUGUUCCACCCAGGGGCUGGCGAGGCUGGAGACACUUCUGCAGAGCAUUCCCUUGAACAACGAGGCCAAAGUCCUCAAGAUCAUCAAUGUGGCGCAGGCCAACGGGCUGGGAAAUGUCGUGGCUAGUGUCGCGAAAAUCCAGGGAAUCAAGUCCAUCAGGCAGGGGAGACUGGGGAACGCCUUGGCUUGGGCUCUCAAGGCACAGGAUGGGCCUUUUGCCACGUACAUUGCUGAUCAGUUUCUCAAGAAGUACGCGGCGAAGGGAGAACUCGAGUGCAGGGAUCUCCUGGAGAAUCUGGGGAGGUACAUGCUGACUAGUGAUAGGCUGACCUUCUUGGGGAAGUACUGCGAGUUUCAUCAGAUGUAUGAGAUUGGGGAGUUCAAAGAGGCUGCCAGGCUACUCAUCUCCCUGAUUGUGUCCAAUUUGACGCCCAAGUAUUUCUGGCCGAUUCUCCUGUCAGAUGCGAUACCCCUAUUGGAAUCUGAGGACGUGAUCCUAUCGAGUGAAGAUACAUUCACAUUGAUGAGGUGUGUAGAAGAGCACGGAGGUGAUCCUGAAUUUCAGGAUAAGGUUGAGAUAUUCAGAUUGGCUGUUGCGAGGAACCUCUCUCGAGCCCUAAUCCUCGAGGAUUGCCAAAUCGAUUGAUGAAUCAUGAUUUUUACUCUAUGUGAUUGUAAAAUAAAAUGUAUCCACUUUUUAGAAGUAAUUUUCCAAAUAAAUGAGUCGAUGAGA